AUGAUCCCCUGGGUGUAUGACCUGGGGCUUCACGUUCUCAGUGUUACGCUGGAUGUCUUCUUCCGGGAGGUCUCGACUCGCAAUUCCUUCCGGGUCCCCAACAAGGGACCCGUCAUCCUGGUGGCUGCGCCACACGCCAAUCAAUUCGUCGACUCGCUGGUCUUGAUGCAGCUGAUGAAGAAGCAUGUUGGCCGCCGUAUCUCCUUCCUCAUCGCGGAGAAAUCACUGCACGAGCCCUACAUUGGCACCAUCGCGGGCGCCUUGGGCAAUCUUCCCGUCACCCGCGCCAUGGACCAUGUCCGACCGGGCCAGGGGACCAUCUACCUUGCCUCGCCCGAAGGGGACCCGACUCGCAUUAGUGGUAUUGACACUGACUUCACGGGACCAGACUUCAUGGUCGGAGGCAGCAUCAUCCUGCCCAAGGUCGGUAAAGCAGUGCCAGAAAGCCAGUACAUUGAGGAGAUCAUAGGGCCGACUGAGCUCCGGCUUCGAGCCCCGUUCCAGACUCCACACGCCAUGGCUCUGCUGACACCGGCGACGGGCGAAGGAACGAGGUUCAAGGUCGCCCCGCACAUUGAUCAGAAACGCAUGUUUGCCUCCGUCUGGCAAGAGUUGUCGCAGGGGGCCUGCAUCGGCAUCUUCCCGGAGGGCGGCAGCCAUGACCGCUCGGACCUGCUGCCCUUGAAGGCCGGUGUAGCCAUCAUGGCCCUCGGAGCCCUAUCGCGGGAUCCGGACUGUGGCUUGUCCAUCAUCCCUUGCGGCAUGAACUACUUUCAUGCCCAUAAAUUUCGAUCGCGGGCGGUCAUUGAGUUUGGCCAUCCCAUCGAUGUUCAUCCCGAUCAGGUCAAGGCCUACGAAGCCGGGGGAGCACAGAAGCGCAAUGCCAUCGGCUCCCUGCUGGAGACGAUCAAUGAUGGUCUCGCAGCGGUCACUCAACCCAGUCCGGACCACGAGACCCUACAACUGAUCCAGGCCACCAGACGCCUGUAUAAGCCGAUCGGCAAGAAGCUGCCCUUGCCGUUGGUGGUUCAAUGGAACCGGCGGCUACUCAAGGGGUACACGAGAUACCGGGAUGACCCGCGAGUGGUGCGACUCAAGAAGGCAGUCUUGGAUUACAAUGUCAAGCUUCGAGCACUGGGCAUUAAGGACCACCAGGUGGAAUGGGGCAAUGCCACCGAUCGCCCAUGGCUGGUGGCCUUUGCUACGCUACUGUAUCGACUUACGGAGUUGGUCGUCUUAAGCGUCGGCACCCUUCCCGGGGUACUUUUGUUUUGGCCUGUCUUCGUGACCACCAAGGUGAUUUCGGUUAAGAAGAAACGGCAAGCAUUAGCAGCAUCAGUGGUUAAAGUCCGAGCCCAAGACGUCGUUGCAAGCUGGAAGAUCCUGGUGGCGCUUGGAUUAGUCCCGGCGCUGUAUACUUGGUACACCUUCCUGGUCUGCUUCUGGCUGCGCUACGAGCGCUCUGGUGGCCACUAUUCUCAUCUUCUGCCCUGGUAUAUGCAGGUGCAUACUUACAUCCCAGAUUCUGUCCCUUUGUGGCAAUUUGCGAUCGGGUUCUUCGCUCUCCUGGUCGGGGUGUCGUUUGCAGCGCUCGAGAUCGGCGACACUGGUAUGGAUAUUUUGAAGUCUUUACCACCGUUGUUGGUCGCAUUGAACCCACGUUCAUCAGGAUCUUUGAGUCAAAUUCGAGCGACCCGCAAUGCUCUAGCAGUCCAGGUACGCGAGGUAAUCGAUGACCUCGGAGAAGAAGCAUUCCCCGGAUUCGAUGCCAGCAGCAUCCAUGGCGAUACGCAUCGUGAGGAUGCUUACCUUUCUCAGCUCAAGCCAACCUCUGAUCUCUGA